AUGCCACCCUCGAAGCCGCUGCCUUGCAGCGAUGAGUUUGCGACGCCAGAGGAAUACGUGGAAGAACUGCUGGAAUUCACCUCUACGUCUGAAACGUGGCAAAUACUGUGCGGCGGCAUCCACGUCGUCGACUUCUUCAUCACAGAGCCGGGUCUCUUCUACGCAGCCUUGCCCGCGGAGUGGCACGAAUUCCUGCUGUCGCAAGAUGUGAUGCGGCUGCUCGACUUCUUCGUGCGCGACGACCCCGAAACCGCCAUAUUCGAGGACGGGCAGACGCCACCCGCGAGCCUGGUCGCCUACAUCAAGGCGAUCCGGCGACUGGCGCUGCGGCGGGACCUCGCCGCGCCGGGUGCGGACUCCACGCUGCCGCCGCUGACGCGCACCGUCUCCGUCGGCAUGAACCCGAAGAAGACGCACGAGGUGCGGCGCUUCGCCGACUACGUGUCGCGGCUAUCCACGGAGAUGGCCGCCGAGGCGACGGAGGACGAGGUGACGCACUUUGUCGACUUUGGCAGCGGCCAGAACUACCUGGGGCGGGCGCUGGCCAGCGCGCCGUACAACCGGCGCGUCGUCGCCGUCGAGGGCCGCCAGCGCAACGUCGACGCGGCCAAGAGCUUUGACACGCAGUCCGGGCUGGCGGUGAAGCCCAAGAUUCUGCGCAACAAGAAGGUCUGGAACCGGAUCCUGGAGGCGGCCGGGCCGAACAAGGGCGACCCGGAUGCGCUGGCGGCGGCCAUCAAGCAGGUGGUCGGCGACGGCGACGAGGGCGACAACUUUCGCAAGAUUGCCAGCGACGAGCUGUCGUACGCGGCGGCGGAGGAGGGCAAGGGUCUCCUGCAGUACGUCUCGGGGCGGCUGGACGACGGGGACUUGUCCGAGGUGAUCUCGCGGAUCGACCGAGGGCUGACGACGACGGAAGCGGAGGAGAAGGAACAGCAGCGCCUGAAACUCAUGGCCGUAUCCAUCCACUCGUGCGGCAACCUCACGCACCACGCGAUCCGCUCGCUGGUGCUGAACCCGGACGUCCACGGCGUCGCCAUCGUCGGGUGCUGCUACAACCUGGUGACCGAGAAGCUCGGCCCGCCACCGGCGGCCGCCAGCGCCCUCUCGCGGCCGACCCUGCAGGCCCUCAACGGGCGCGCCCUGCGGGAGUCGGAGCGGCGCGACCCGCACGGCUUCCCCAUGAGCGCGCGCCUCUCCACCCACCGCGGCCACGGCGUGCGCGCCAACGCCACCGCGCGCAUGAUGGCCUGCCAGGCCCCCCAGAACUGGACGCGCGCCGACAGCGCGCUCUUCUUCACGCGGCACUUUUACCGCGCCGUCCUGCAGAAGCUGCUCCUCGACCGCGGCGCCGUCCACGAAGUCAUCCACGACCCGGCGCGCGCCGACGCGGACCCCGCCACGCUCGGCCCGUUCGACAAGAGCACCUCGCCGCUCGCCAUCGGCACGCUGCCCAAGCGCUGCUACGCCGGGGGCUUCGCGGAGUACGUGCGCGGCGCGGUGACCAAGCUGACGACGAGCACCGAGUACAAAAAGUUUGCCGAGGUGAUGCGGGAGACGAUGGGGGGGCUGACGGACGAGGAGGUGGAGGCGUACGAGGGGCGGUUCGCGCCGAGAAAGAGGGAGCUGUGCGUGGCGUGGAGCUUGAUGGCGUACAGCGCGACGCUGGUCGAGGCGCUGAUGGUGACGGAUCGGUGGGCGUGGUUGGAGGAGCAGGAGGAGGUCGACGAGGCGUGGGUGGAGGCCGUAUUCGACUUUGCGCAGAGUCCACGCAACUUGGUGGUGGUGGGGUUGAAGAAGAGAAAGGAGGAGAGCGGUGGUGGUGGUGACGGGGAGCAUGGCAAGCGGGAAGAAUCGUGA